AUGGCCCGGCUAGCUCUGUCUGACGACGACGCCCGUGUGAGGCGUUGGUUCGCAGAUGAGGUGGCAGAUCUGGGCUGUGCUCUCUCUGUUGAUGAGAUGGGCAACAUGUUUGCGAAAAGAAAAGGCUCCCUGAGUUCAUCGGCCCCGAUGACCGCAAUGGGUAGCCAUCUCGACACACAGCCCCGCGGCGGCCGAUACGAUGGUAUCCUGGGCGUUCUCGCUGCCGUCGAGGUAAUGCGAACCAUGAAGGAUAAGGGUUUUCAAACUCGAUUUGACGUCGGUAUCGUUAACUGGACCAAGUAA